UAAACACUUCCCACUUUCCCAGUGAUCGUGUUUGAAUUUUUUUAUCGUUCAAAUGCCGAUUUUUUUACAUUUUUUUGUGAAUUAAGUGAAUUUUAUUUGAUUAAUUUUAUAAUUUGUGUAAUAAUAAACAUGUUGGGCAGUCCUGGUUCUUCGCCGGAGCACAUGUCCGAUGGGGACAGGCUUUCGCGCGAUGUAGGCAACGUUAACAUAUCCACCGAGUAUAUGGAACUUGAAGACGAAGUAUUACCGGAAGAUAAACAAGCACUUCUAGAAGAAUUUGAACGCCGUAAAAAAGCUAGUCAGGUGAACGUAUCAACAGACGAUUCAGAAGUCAAGAAAAAUCUUCGUUUACUCGGCGAACCAAUUUGUUUAUUCGGAGAAGGUCCAGCCGAGCGUAGAAUUCGUCUGAGAGAUCUUCUGUCAAGAGUCGGCGGCGAUGCUAUCAAACAACAAAAAGAACUCGAAAAAAAGCAAAAAUCCGAUGAUCGUAAAAAGCAAGAUAAAGGAACCGAGACUACCUGGUAUCACGAAGGACCACAGGCACUCAAAGAGUCCAGAUUUCAAAUAGCUUGUUAUUCGUUGAUUCGAGCGAAACAAAGGUUACAAAAAGCUAAAGAAGAAGCUGAAAUCCCAGAAGCAACCAGAACCGCUCGUAAACAAGAACUACAUAAGCAUCUUACCUCCCUAGCGAUAAAUUGCAGUCAAAUAGGAGACGAUAGACCGAUAUCUUAUUGUACAUUUAGUCCAGAUUCUAAAAUGAUCGCUACUGCUUCAUGGAGUGGUUUGUGUAAAUUGUGGUCAUCGCCCGAUUGCGAACUCAUAAGAACAUUCCGAGGGCAUAAUUGUUACGCCGGAGCUAUCGUCUUCCAUCCUCAAGCUACUGCCGAAGUAUCAGAUAGAAUAUGUGCUUUAGCAUCUUGCGCUCACGAUGGCACUGUCAAAUUAUGGAAUAUGGAUAGCGAAACCCCAUUGGCUGAAGUCGAAGGUCAUGCGCCACAUCGAGUCUCUAGAUUACAAUUUCAUCCCUCUGGACGAUACUUAGGCACGUGUUGUUACGAUAAUUCUUGGCGAUUAUGGGAUUUAACUAAAUGUCAAGAAGUUUUACAUCAAGAGGGUCACGUCAAACCUGUACAUUGUAUAUCUUUCCAAUGCGACGGUUCCGUUGUAGCUACCGGGUCAUUAGACGCGUUCGGACGUGUAUGGGAUUUAAGGACUGGACGAUGCGUAAUGUUUAUGGAAGGUCAUUUAAAAUCGAUUUUUUCUGUUGAUUUUUCUCCCGAUGGAUAUCACUUGGUCACCGGAAGCGAAGAUAACGCCGCCAAGAUAUGGGAUUUGAGAAAAAGAUCUUGCGUAUACACGAUCCCAGCUCAUAUGAAUUUAGUAUCGUCUGUAAAAUAUCAACCCGGCAGUGGGCAAUAUUUGAUUACUAGCUCGUACGAUAAUACUGCGAGGGUUUGGUCAGAUAAAACGUGGCAACCCUUGAAAACAUUAUCCGGUCACGAUAAUAAAAUAAUGUGUAUGGAUAUUUCUCCAGAUUGCAAGUACAUCGUUACAUCAUCUUACGACCGAACGUUUAAACUUUGGGCACCGGAAUGAAUACGAUAUUAUGAUAUCUUGGUACCGAUUGACCCUUCCGUUUAUGGAAGUUUUACGAUGCGAAGAAAAUAAAGUCGUGCUAUUCACGAUAAAUAUGUGAUAAAAUAUACAAUUUUUCCAAUCGUU